GAGGAGGAUGCCCCUUGGUGUCAACUCUGGAUGCAGACAGAGGUUCCAGAUGCUGGAAGGCCACGUGUGCUUUAUUUGUAAAAGAUGGAUGCUUCCAAACUUUGUUAGGUUGAGUGAAGGUCUGCCGGUGUCCAGCUCUGGCUGCACUCCUUAAGCCACCAUUGAGAGGAGAGCUUUGUUUUUGUGGGAUUGGAAAUGGACCCGGGUGUCGUUUAGCACUAAAUGUAUCCCCAUUCAGGAGCCUAAACUUCCUAUCAGACACAACAUUUUUGAUACCCGUGUUUCUGGACAUGAUUUCAUUGCUGGCCGGACUGGAGAAGGCUGUCUCUGAUUCAGGAGCCAAGUUUAUGAUUGAGUUGAAACUUGCAUCACUAAGUCCGACCUGAGAUGAGAUGUCAGUCUGGCUGGAGCCUGAGCCAUCAGAACGAGGAAACAGGAAACUGUCUGUGACUUGUUUUGGUUCCUGGGUAGUAGGGAGUGAAGUCUGCUCAGGUGCAGGAUUGAUGGAUAUAUGGACUCUCUGCUCUCUGGGAUAGCCUUCAAGAUUAAGGCUGGAAGAUUCCACGGUAAUACGCUGUGGGCUGCUCGCUUGAGCACCCAUUUGACCAUUUAUACUCUUUGGUGAGGGGUUUUCAGAACUAGAGCUCAGACCUUGUUUUGGGAGAUGCUCUGGGAAUGGCAUCAGACCUCUUGGUGCAUUAACAUACAUACUAUUGCCAUAGGAGUUUAAAGGUGUGGGCUCAGGCGCAGACAGAUCAUUGGAAUGAGUCCUUCUACCUGCUUCAUCCUUUUGGAGAUCUUCUCUAAACCCUCCACCAGCUGAUGCUUUAUGAUGCCACACUUCAUUGUCUUCGUGUGGUUGGAUAUUUUCCUCAGCUGUAGGAGAUUGGAUAUUUAUUAUCUUGCUUGAAUGAGAGCUAAAAUCUGGAGGGUGGUUGAAAGACAAAUCUUCUCCAUAGAAUGAGUGAGAGGGGCUUUUUACAGAGAACUCAGAGUUUAUGGACCAAGCAUCAUAAUUUGGGGACUGAGGGGCAUUUAUAGAAGUAUCCCUAUCGCUAUCAGACCAUUCAUUAUUAUUUGCAGCAUGAUCUGCCAACAGAUGGUGAUGUUGGACAGCAGAGUCCAUGUCUAGUCCUUGGUUAUGAUGAACACCAUCAGUGAUCAAAUUUGCAGCUUGGUCAACAGGAUCACUUGGCGUUUGAUAGUUUGGAUCACCUUCUUCAAACUCUGUGUUAACAGAUUCACUCCAGACUUCAUUCUCACCAGCCUCAUCCUGCUCUUUGUCUUCUUUUUCAGGGUCAGGUGUAACCCCAGUGUGAGACUCCCCAUCAGUAUUAUGAGCAUCAGAAGCUAUCUUACUUUUGAUAACAUCUCGAGCUGUUUGAAAGUGUCUAUUCAAGUCACUCCCUGGUCUUAAGAAAGAGCUUUUCAUCCUGUCUAUGAAGUGUUUAAAAUCCAUCAUUGUUGGGAAACUGACACCCUCUGCAGUUUUCUGUUGACUGUGCUCCUUCAGUAAAAGGCCAAAAGGGUGUUGAGAACCAGAAGCUUCAUGAUUAUAACUUUGCAAAGAAGGAGUAGAGGGGCUGGCUUUCAGCUGCUCUGUGUCUUGGUCUGAGUCUGGAUUACUUUGCACCCUCUCAUCACUUGUAACAGAGCCAGCAUCCUCACCGUCUUCAUGGUGGACUGGAUUGGUCUGAGGGGGGACAACACUUUUCUGCAUGUCAAUGUGACCAUCAGAGGUCACAAAUGCAUCAUUAUGGGGAGAGAAGCCAUGUGCAAAAUUGUCACCUAUUUAAAAGAAGAAAGACAUUUAUCUUUAUUUUACUUGUUUGAACUGUAUCUAAAGUAAAAUAACAAUUCUUACCUUUUAGAGGAGGAAAACAAAUGCAGCUGAGUAUCAGCAUGAUCCUGAAAAAUGAUCAAGUCAGAAACAAACAGCACCCCAAUGAAGUCAAACACUUGUAUUUCACUUACCCAAAUAGAAGAGCCAUGGCGGUGACAACAAUGGACUUUAGAUCUAAAGUUUUAUCCCAGAUACCGAUCAGUCAUGCACAGUCCACAAAGUUUGAAAGAGAGGGAGGGUGUAGGAAGAGUGGGACACUCCUGCUGACACUGAUCACAAUGAGGUGAUUGUGGACAGGUGGUGCAGUGUGAAAACUCACCUGAUUAGACAAACACAGGACAGGCCUCAGUUUAAAUGACUUCAACCUUAAUAAAAAGUAUCCAGAAACAAAGUUUAUGUGGAUACAAGCUUCAAAACAGCACCCAGCGGUGUCUUUUCUUAAUAAUUUUCUUGCAGAUCUAAACUGAUUGGAAGAUAAAAAUAUGGCGCAUUAACCAAAGUCCCCCCAUAAACAUAACUUUGAAAGCAUUACAAAUGGACAUUGAAAUAUUUAUGAUACCAGGACAAGAUUUAACUUGGAGCAGAAAUUUAAAUCAGUAAGCUCCAAAUGUUGACAUGCUGCUGGGUUCACCAGGAUAUCCUGUUUCACAGAUUACUUUUCACCUGUACUAUCUCACUGCAGACUUCAUCAGCUUUCCCCUUCUAUUCUGUCUAAAACCAGCUUUAUUUAACAUCCCUAGAAGAAGACCUGUCAGAUAAAAACAAAACUUUUCAAUGCUGCUUACUCCUGUUCUGCUGAGUUAAUGCAGGUUUCUGACAGCAUGCCAACAAACCCUUCCCCUGAAUUAAUGAUGAGCUGAAAGAGGUUCAUCAGCGGAGUAAGAGAGGCACCAUAGAGCUGGAUCAAAAGGAUCUCUACAAAGAAGCAUUAUGAGAGGAAAAGUCAACAGGCUGCGCUCACUAGAUGGUCAAACCGGUUAAGAUUACACCAGAGGACACAAGCUGGUAGGUGAUUAUUUAUGUUGGUUAGAAUGAAACAUAAAUCAUGAGAAGUUUGGGCUUGACUCAUGGGAAUUUAAUGUCAGUGUGAGCUCUGUUUCUGUUGUGCAGCCAGACCAAACAUGCAGUGUGGUUAUGAAAUGCAUCCAAACAGAAAGCCUCCUCUGAAAUUCAGUUUUUCCCCUCGGUAUACACCCACUCAUGUGACUCACUCUGCCCCCUCCAUCUUCCACUCACACUGAGGACUAAUCCCACUUUAAUAGGGUGAAUUUCUGUUCAAACUCAGCACAAUUAAUAAUUGUUAUCAAGGUUUAGUUUUACCCAUGUUAUAAAAGAUACAGAAAUGUCAAACCUUACUCUGUUUAAAAGUGUAGGACCUUUAAAACAAACCUUUAAGUUCUUUUAAAUGGCAUGACAGAGUGAGCAACUGAAAGAGGACAAAAGAGCUCCUUAGGGUAUAUAUUUAUUUUGAAAAGUAAAACAAGUUAAGAUUUAUAUACAUUUUCUACACUUUUACACAGCUGUGUUUGUAUGGAUCUUUCAGAGGAUGGAAAAGGGGAUUGAAAAUGUUGAUAGAAUCCAGCACAACGAGAGAAGAUGUGACGGACUGCUGAUGCUUCCCAGCAGCCUUUUACUGAAGGUAUCUUCCUGAAACCCCAGCCCUCAUUUAUCAGUCAGUCUCUCUCUUAAUGAUUUCCCGUGAACUUUAUGAGCAUCAUUAGUUCACAGACACAGACCGAUUUUUUUCUCUAUUGGGCAAUUGGUGAUGAGAUCAUGCAAGUUACGUAACUUAAAGUAUAAACAGGCCUUCGGCCUCUUUGAGGUCUGAUGAUGGAUAUCAGGGGCUGCUCAUUGUGGUCUAAUGUACCUCUUACCCAUUACCAAAGAGAGGGCAGAAAUGUCUCUCAGGGUAUAUUAAUGUGUUCUCAUUUUCCAAACAGAUGAUUUAACUUUCUGUUGUUUAUUAAGAUGCUUAAAAUGACAGCAGACAUAAUCGAUUGAACUUGAACACGCCGUUUUUGGCCUCUGUUUGUUUUGGAUUCACAAUAGUUGGCAAGGCGGCACAUUUUUAGAUGUGUUUGGUCAAGUGUUUCAGUCUGACACCUCUCCAGAUAAAUAGUGCUACAACAUGACUAUGUUUGGUGAAAGAGAGGGACUUCUUGGACACUAACAUCGUCCCGCCUUGUCGAGUGGCAGCAGCUGGGAUGCCAAUGAAAACCAUCUGUUCUGAUAAUGGGGUCUGUCUGCUUCCAGACAUUUCCAAAUGCAGGGGCCUGUUAUGUGAGAGAAGAUAACUCUGGAGGCCAGAUUUUGUAAACAGUACUGAAGAUGAUUAAUAACUAAAAUCUGUGGAUGAGUUUAUGUAACAUUUGAAAAAAGACGCUUCUUUUUACACCAUUGCAUAAUAUUUUACAAAUAAAAUUAUGAUUCUGAUUUAAAGCUCCUAUGAGAAACUUUUAAUUUGUCUGCUUUGGCGCCCCCUGCGGACAACACAGCAAAUCUAAACUCUUUGCUAAUGUUGUCCUAAACAUGAGUAAGAGGUGUUUUUCAGCUAAUAAUCUCAUGCUGCCUUCUUUGUACAGUUAAACGCAUCAAUUCUGUGUUGUUAGCUGCUCUUCCUGCAACCUGGUCUGAAUGAAUUCUUCCCUCCAGGAGUGAUUUCAAGCUUUGAAAAUAAGUCUCAAGACUGUAUCUGUCUUGUUUCCCCACAUGAGCUUUAAUAAAUCUAUAAUGGAUAUUAUCCAUGUGUUUUUCUAUCACGUAGAUGUUUCCACUUUUCUGAAUUGGUCACAUGGUUGUUUCCUCCACAGAUCUUUCAGCAUCUCCCGUUUGGAGACCAGCUCACCUGUGCUGAGGUGUGCUGCACAUGGAAAUCUCUCAUCCAGUCAGGCAUUUUGUGGAGUAAGGUCUGUGUGUCUGUUAUAAAAUUUAUAGUGAAAUGUUAAAGCCAUACUCAAUGCAAGGAUAUAAAUGUUUCCUUAUGCCUGCCUGUAUCAGAUCAACUUCUCUGUGGAGAGACACUGGAUAACAGACCACACAGUGCAGCCGAUCCUGCAGAAAUAUCACCUGUUUGUGAUACAUCUCAACCUGCGUGGCUGCGCGGCUCUAACCUGGAGCAGCUUUAAAAGUAUCAGUAAGUAUUGCACAUAUUGUUGAUUCUUUUUCUUGGAUGUUUGUUUUCUCAGACUUUGUCAAAGCUGUUAAAAUGUUUAAAUAUUAGAUCCUGAAUUUGAAAAAGGCGACUGUGACAAAACGUGGUUUCCCCGUCUGAUACAGACUGUUUUAUGAGACUUAAAAGAAAUUUAAAAAACCAUGAGACAAAGAGAACUUUUAAAGUCAAACUUUGGGUCAAACAUCCAUUUGACUCAUGACAGCCUGUAGAUCUGGUAUUUCUGUGGAGCCCUGAGGUGGCUCGGCUCCAGCUCCUCCUCCAGCUCGCCCUGCACCUCCAUCGGUGUGUUCCACAGCUCCGGGUCAGUGUCUGGAUCUGCUCUGCUCUGCUGCCUGUCCUUUGGACACUCUCUGUUGUACGAGUUCACAUACUCUUGCACAGGCAAUCCGGUGUGCUCGGGAGGGGAGCGACACAGCAGGCCAGAGUGCCUCACCCCGGGGUGCAGACGUAGCCAGUACACCAUGUAGUGGAUGCUAAGAAAAGUUCAAAGUUCUCAGUUUGUAACAAUCACUCACAUUUGCAGUCUUAACAAAUUGUAAACAUUUGAGCAGAGACACUCACCUAUAGUCGCAUACCCAUGGGUUACCUCCUAGUUUUAGCUGUGACAGGAAGUACAGGUCCUCAAGAACCCCAUACUGGAUAAAAUGCAGACUGUUGGCGGACAGAUCCAGCUCUCGGAGGUGCAGGAGCCCUGUCAUGGAGGCUGUGAGAUGGAAAAAAGUGUUCUCUCAGUAUAUUUAUAAAAAAGACUGCAGUGAAAACAAACUGUGACAGGAAUGUGCCGGCUACAAAAGCCUGAGUGUGAAUCAUUUGUGCACAGUGUACUCCUCUUAGCUCUCCCUUCUAUAAAUAAAACUAUGAUUGGCUGUAAGCCCAAUGUCAUUAAAACAGGAAAAAUUGGAAACAGAAGCCAAUAUAAACUUAGCAGCAUGUUCUAAACUGGUCGACUUCACAUAAAUUAUCUCGACCAGCCAAAAAAAAAAGUCUUCUUUGUGCUUCAAGUCUGGAUAUUGCAAGAAAUAUCGGAUACUGUACAUACUGUAAUAAGUCAUAAUGAUUGAUAGGCUGACAGAAUUUGGACCUCACUACCUUUGUCAAUCUGCUCCAUGUUGUUAUGACUGAUAUUGAGAGUCCUGAGGCUCCUCGCUCCUUGGAAAUCUCUGGCUUUGAGAUGAGUGAUUGAAUUAUGGGAGAGAUCGAUGUUGACUACGUCGUCUGGAAUCCCCAUGGGCACCUCGGUCAGACCUAAACACAGAGGAGAGGAGAAGUUUAGUAAAGGGUUACUCAGUGAUGUAAUAACUAUCAAAAAAACUGUGUCCUUUCUUGGCGCUAAAAGUCUACUUCUGUUGAUUUGUACUCCACUUUGAUUCAUAACCUGAAUUUGACACUAAAUCCAGGCUUCAUUCCUGUAUGAGGCAGAUGGGAAUGGCAGGACUUAGCUCUGUCUAUACUCAAGCAAAUUUAUAACUCCUUUGCGUUUUUGCAGGGUUUUUCAUCUAAUGCGAUGGCCUAGCUCUGGUAAGCUAAUACUACCAAGUUGAAGACAGCUGACCAUAAGUUGGAAUCAUUCAGAGAUAAGAGGAGGAGCAACAUCAUAUUGAAUAGAAAACAUCUGCCAAGCCAGAUGUGUGUCUGUGCAGCUCUGCGUCUGGUCCUUUGUGAAGCUGAAGUUUAAUCAUUCCAGUCAUGCAACAUCAACGUUUAAUUAUGAACAUAUGAGAGCUCUGACAUGAAGUUUCAGAGGUAUUCUCCCUCACUCCUCUGUUGCAUAAGAAACAUGUGCAGGGUUGGAAAACAAAUGGGGAAGAAUUACAAAAACUAGUUCAGCAGAUUAAAAGCUGAUCGGGAACUUGCCUCGGUUACUGCAAUCCAUCCGUACUUGCGGGAAAUGGUAGGUGUGGCAAGUUACGGUGGCGUCUGGUUUGGUGCGAAUGGGAAUGGGGUCUAUAGGAAAUAAGGGGUCUGUUUCAUCCCCCUGUGGGGUUCCAGCUGGGUCUGGCUCCUUGCAGAGCAACUCAGGGUCGACCUGCCUCAGCUUCAUGCCUUUGAGUCUGAUGGGCUCUGCGCACCUGGAGGACAACAGGCAGUAAAAGUAUGCUGUGAUCAGAUAAGUGUAACAACUUGUACUGCUGUGGAAUCUGAGUCAUAGCUGACACGACUUACCUGGCAUGUGUCCCCCAAUUCCGGUUGCUCGGGACCUGCAGGGUGCGAACGAGACUGUCCAUGGGGCAGACACAGCUCCAGGGAUUACCAUGCAGGCGCAGGUAGCCCAGGUUGUUCAGGGGGAUGAGGGCCUCCUCGCUGAGUGUUCCCAGGCGGUUGUGCUGCAGCAGCAGGGUUGUAAGUUGUGUCAGGCCCUGGAAAGCCCCUUCUUCUAUCAAAGAGAUUUGGUUCUGCUGCAGGUCAAGACUUGUCAGACCCUCGUAACCUGAGAAGGCCCCAUCACGAAGGACUUUAAUCCUGUUGCGGGAAAAAAGCAGAUGCUUUGGUUGUUGGGACCAGGUCUGAGAGGCGGGGAUGUUGUUGAGGCGGCGGUUCUGGCAGUCUAUGAAGACUUCUCCAAGUUCUGUGAGCUCUGAGCAGUCAGGUGCCACCAGUCUGGAGGAUCGAGAUCUGAUUUUUUCCCCAGAACCUCUAACCCUGUAUUCAAACACAUGACAAAUGAAUCACUGACUGUAGGUGGUCUCUGAAGUCAGGAAAAGCUAAACAUCAGGGGCUAGUAAAUACAAACCUGUCUCGUGUGAGCUUGUGUCUUACUCCCCGGAGGCCCCGGCCCUUCCCGGGUUUCUUUGCCUCACUUAACGUGAGCAGCAGGAGCAGCAAGGAGGUUAAGAGAAGAGGGGAGGUCAACCGCAUCCUGAGCCCUGCAGGGGAUUGUGCUUUUAGUGAGAAAGGCUGGAGUCAAAGCAGCAGUUUGUGAUGAGAUCCUUAUAAAAACAGCAGCGCUGGGUCAAAGGUCAACAAUGUUAUUGUUGAUGGAACACAGCUGCCGCUCACCCUGUGGAGAAAGUAAGAGGAAGCACAUUAUGUAAGAGCCAGGAGUCGUCUGGGAAUGUAUAUACAGUAGAGCUCUGAUAGAGGACUAUGCUGCUUCUUACAUAACCCCAAAAUAUUAUGUGUCACACUAAAGAUUUAACAAAGAAUGACUAAAAUGGACGACGUAAUUUCUCUACUUUUCACUCCGUUCCCUGUUCUUUUAGGUGGGUGCAGAAACCUGCAGGAGCUUAAUGUGUCAGAGUGUGGAAAUGUUACAGUAAGUUUUACAACAAUGAAAACUUGUAAAUGAUAAAAAUGAUUACAUCUUCGAGACAGACAUAAUUUUCAUCCAACACAUUUCUUCAAGUGUAGAGAAAAAAUGUGAGAUAAUGAUGAUGAAGCUGUAUCCCAAAUUAAAUCAAUGAGAACACUAGUCGAAAAACACUUACUCCAUUUCAAGAAGGCUGUUUUUUUAUAUUAUGUUGCUGACAUUGUGCCAAACAGCCUGGUAAUGACCUUUCUGAGAGGACAUGUGUUAACUUUAUAUCUCUUCUCUUCAACAGGAUAAGAUGGUUCAGAGAAUAGUGGAGGGUUGUCCCUCCCUGCUCUACCUGAACCUUUCCUGCACAUCUAUAAAAAAUAAAACUCUGAAGGAACUGUCCAGGUAAACCUGCAGCUGUGUGAGACCAGAUUACUGCUCUAAACUUCAGUCCAGCUCAGCCACAUCACCAAAUAAAAGGAAAUGAAAUGUUUACUUUCUGAAAAAACAUCUUCAUUUCCACUCGGGUGACACACAUCCCACAACCAGCUUUUAUGCAACAGCUCUGAGCAGCAUGAUCAGAGCAGCAACUUCAUGACUGAAAGGACAAAUAUCUCGAUUGUAUCACUACACUGAUAAAAUAUUUGCAGGCUCAACAGGUUAAAGUUGAACUUACAUCUCCUUUUCUUAUAGUUUGAAAAUGCAAAACGUACUCAAAAAUGUAAAUGCACACCAUUUUUCCAAACUUGCCAAGUACGUACAGCUCAAUUUUUCAUGAGGAGCAACCACAAAAGGACCGACAAUUAACAGAACUUACACACAUUUUUACCUCUGUGACUCUUAUACAAGCAAAUCUGACCUCUGAUUUCGAACAGGAACUGUCUCAAUCUUCAGUACCUGAGUCUGGCUUACUGCCACAAAUUCACAGAUAAUGGGUUUACACACCUGAGCACAGGAAAGGGCUGCAACAAUCUCAUCCACCUCGACCUCUCCGGCUGCACUCAGGUCAGUCUGUAUGCUCCUUUGUCUGGUUUUAACUCACUCUGCUCAGCUCAAGAAUGCAGAUAGGAACUAGUUAAGCCUCUGAAAACGCAGUUACCUCUAAUAAAUCCAGUCACCCUUCUCUGAUCACGCGUGGCUCCUAGUAACCUUUUACCGUCAGUCAGAGCGAAUGAUCACCGACCUGAAGCAGAGGGGGGAGAAAAAUGCAGCUGUGGCCAAGUUGAGGGCUGGGUUUAUACAGUCAACACCCUCCCACUCACCAUGUGCACCCUUCACUACAUGACACACACGCACCCCAACAUAAAACGUUCUAUCCUCUGGGAAUGCGCCUUGGUUCUGUUCCAGAUGUAUGGUUUCACUUAACGGGGCCCUUAAUGCGAGGCGCCAAGGAAAACUGUAUCCAGGAAAAACUGAUUCAGGUUCCAGCGAACACACAUAUUUUCCUCUGAUCCCUCCUAGAUGACGGUAAAUGGGUUCGAAUACAUUUCAGCCGGAUGUCCUUCACUCAGGGAGAUUGUGAUCAAUGACAUGAUCACACUGUCAGAUAGCUGUUUACUGGUAAGUCUGAUAAUUUCUAACAGAUUUCAUUCAGGGUGAUCAUGCUGUAGGAUGUUUAAAAGCCACAAAGAAAAUGUCAAAUAUAUUAGAAAAGAAUUUGUCACUUCACUUUUGGUCCAAGAAGCAUAAUGCCUUUUUGCACCAUUGACAUCUUUGGAGUCUUAACAGGCUUUGAUUGCCAGAUGUUGCUGUCUGUCUGCCAUUUCCCUCCUGGAUGCCCCUCAUCUGUCUGACAUCGCCUUCAAAGCCAUCGCUGAAAUAGCUAAACUGAAAACUUUCAGCGCAAAGGGUGAGAUCACUCAGAAAUUCUGCAUAAUACAGUGCCACAUGUGCAAAUAGAAAGCCUGUCCAUGUCAGUCUUGUCUUAUUUAGGUAAUAACCAAAUAACAGAUGUUAGUCUGGAGGUCCUGUGCAGCAGCUCUCCUGGCCUCCAAAGGAUCCACGCUGCACAGUGUCCCAGAUUGACCGACACCAGCCUCAGAUGUGUUGCUGACCUUAAAAACCUGCAACACCUGGACAUCUCACAGUGUAACAGGUGUCUGUAUGAGUGUGUGUGUGUGUGUGUGUGUGUGUAUUGCUGUUGUGGAUCAAGAAUCUUGUUUUAACUUUAUAUCAACUUGACUAUUUAUAAUUCAGGAUCAGCGAUGAUGGGAUCCAAUACUUAACUGCAGGUUUCUCAACCACCAAACUGAGAAAGCUGAACGUCAGCCACUGCAGAAACAUCACCGAUGCAUCUGUUAGAAGGAUUGCACAAAGGUUUAUACUAUCACUACACACAUAUAAUGAUCUUUUGUGGUGGAUUUCUUUUUGCAGAGAUGCAGGAAACAUGACAAAAACGUGCACCAACAGCAAUAAUGAAAAUCUAUGUCCAAAGUAACGACUUGAAGUACUAAAUAAUGCAAAGAAAGCUUCUACAAGUUCGCUGUAUUUGCAUCAGUUGUGCCUCUGACUAAGCAAACAGCCAAUCAAAGUUGAGAAUUUGGGGUCCCAGGGGGUCCAAUCAGGUCUCAAGAGGGGCCUAAAACUCGCUUUUGCCAAUCUAAUGACAAACAGUAUCUUGUGCUGAUCAUUACAGGUACAAAUUAAGUAACUUUCAUAGAAGAAGAAUUCAUGUGUCUUUAUAAACACAGGCAAAGAGGAGAAAUCAUUAAAUAAGCAUUUGUAUUUCACAAUGUUACUUUUUUAUUUAAUGGUAUAAUAAGCAGCUUUUUUCUUGUAAGGAUUGGUAAAUUGUACCAUCUCAACCUGAGUUACUGUGAGAGACUGACGGACAGGAGUCUGGAGUGGCUGGGUGGCAGCUCUAUCUGCUCUCUUGACGUCAGAGGUUGCAACAUCCAGGAUCAGGUAUUUGCUUGAAUGUUUGUGCUUAACCUCACAGAAGACAAUCAGCCCUAAAGGGAUAGUCAGUAACCAGGUGUUUGUGUUUUUAGGGGCUGGCCGCUCUCCGAGGAGUCCGCUUAAAGAAAUUAGUUCUCGCUGAGUGCAUCUGCAUCACAGACGUCGGUGUCGAGGUACAAACUAAGCCAAGUUUUCAGCACAUGACCAGAUGUUGCAUUUUUACAAAUAGUUUACACUUCCUGUGGCAGUAUUGUUUACCUCUUUUUUUCUGUGGUUGCUGUUGACCAACAUAUAUAAACAGAGAAGGGGGGUCCCAGUUGAGUUAUAGAUAUAGCCUCUGAUAUUCAUCUCUUACACUCUUAUUUUCUCAGCUGUUCUCAUUUAAUAUUUGUCUCUCAUCUCAUCUGCUUUUUGAGGGCAGAAGUUGUGUAAGAACAUGAAAGAUCUGGAGUACAUCGAUGUGUCUUACUGUGUAGCUCUGUCAGACGUGGCCAUCAGAGCCAUUUCAUUUUACUGCAGAGGUAUCACCGAGCUGAUAAUGUCUGGAUGUCAAAAGGUAAACGCAAACACCUUAAAAUUCCAACUUGAAAUUCUACCCCGUAAAAGCUGCUUGUGUUAAACCCAGUUCAUUAACUUAAAAUCCUCUGUUUCCUCCUCCCUGUCUCAGAUGACAGAUAUGGCAGUUCAGUAUCUUAUCAGUGGAUCUCAAUACCUGCGAGAGCUCGAUGUGAGCGGCUGUGUCCUCCUCACUGAUCGCACCCCUCGACAUUUAGAGAGGAUCUGUCCUCCACUCCGCUCAGUCACCAUGGCCUGCUGCAGCAGCAUCUCCAAGUAAAACUCAAACCCAGACAAACACCUGAAAGUCAGAGCUCUGCACAUUACUUUGUUUUGAUCAGAGUUGGUCUACUCCUUUAGGAUGGCUGCACUGAAGCUUCAGCCACGCGUUGAGUAUUGGGAGCACAGCAGUGAUGAUCCUCUGAAUUGA